GGUGAUGUUCACGCGCUGUUGCUUUUUCGGUUUUGCCCUAAUCGCGGUGGGAGCGAGCGGAGAAAAAAAUCCUCCGGUAAGAUUCCAUAUAAUCCGACCGACUGCUGGACUGCCGUGGCUCAGUCUUGACUCGGUUGACUCGUAGGUUUCCCGUUGAUAUAUUGUAUCCUGAUUCGACUCGAUUUCAACGAUGGACCCUAUGGAUAUAGUUGGGAAGUCCAAGGAAGAUGCUUCGCUUCCAAAAGCUACCAUGACAAAAAUUAUAAAGGAGAUGCUACCUCCGGAUGUCCGUGUUGCUAGAGAUGCUCAAGAUCUUCUGAUAGAAUGUUGCGUAGAGUUUAUAAAUCUAGUUUCCUCAGAGUCUAAUGAAGUUUGUAACAGAGAGGACAAACGGACAAUUGCACCCGAGCAUGUCUUCAGGGCGUUACAGGAUCUUGGGUUCGGGGAGUACAUUGCAGAAGUUUAUGCAGCAUACGAGCAACAUAAGUUUGAAACUAUGCAGGACACGCAAAGAAGCGGGAAGUGGAAUAGUAGCGGGGCUGAAAUGACAGAGGAAGAAGCGGCGGCAGCACAACAGCGUAUGUUUGCAGAAGCUCGUGCCCGGAUGAACAACGGUAAUUCUGCGGUUUCUCAACCCGAGGACGGAUAGGAAACCGACCAGAGAAGUCUUCCUUGAUUUGCCCUUGUGGAUGGAUAGGCAAAACCAAUCAUCUGACUUACAUUUCCUGUAAGUUCAGAAUG